CUUCGCAUCAAACUCAUCCCCACCCCCAGCAAAGAAAAAAUGAUCUCCCUCCCGCAGCAGCACACCCCACCCCCCAACGCCAGCUCCCUUCCCCUCCAAUCCCAAGACCACCUCACCACAGCUGCCAAUCCCAAUCCCAACCCGACGCCCGACGCUGCACCGCAACAGCAGCAGCAGCAGCAGCAGCAGCACCACCACCACCACCACCACCACCAAGCACAACAACUACACCUCCAAUACCCCCGCCUCACCAUCCAAUACUGCACGCAGUGCAAAUGGAUGCUGCGCGCCGCAUACUUCGCGCAGGAACUCCUCUCGACGUUCGCGACGCAGCUGGGCGAGGUGGCGCUGCAGCCGGGGACGGGGGGGGUGUUUACGGUGACGCUGUAUCAUCGGCGGGGGGGUUCUGCUUCGGGACAGCAAGCCGAAGGGACUGAGGGGGCAGAAGCGGGUCAGGAGGAAACGGUCACCGAAUCGGUGCUGUGGGAUCGGAAGCGCGAUGGCGGGUUCCCCGAAGUCAAGGUGCUGAAAUCCCUCGUGCGGAAUGUGGUGGAUCCCGGACGGGAUUUGGGACAUACUGAUCGGGCGUUGAGGAAGGGUCGGGAGCUGGGGCUGCAGCAGCAGGAGCAGAAACAAGAGGAAAAAGAGAAGUGUGAGGAUUGUCAAUAG